UGUUUCGUUGUAUAUUCUGUAUACAUAACACCUUUAACUAUGUACCAACCUUUUGGCUGCAUUGCUUUGCUAUAUCCUACCUGUUAAAACAGGUACGAAAAACCUUGUAAGUGAACUUCCCGUCUUGUCUCUUUUCGUUCGCCCACUCUGGCUCUCUUUUUGUGGUCAACUCUCUCUCACACACUUCUCUCUUUGCAUUUCUUGUGCUCCGCGUGCACUGAUGCCGUGCAUUAAUGAACGGUAUACACACAUACAUACAUUCGAGCAUGUGUGCGGCAUGUGUGUAUUUUACAACUGCUCACACACAAUUUUGUAAUUCAUUGUUUGGUGGACUUUGGACUUUCGGGUAUACCUCGGGCGCAUAUGUCAUAUGUGCAUAUGUAAGUAUGUUUGUAUGCAUACUACACAUGUAUUUUCUUUAUGUAUGUACAUAUAUACGGUGGAGCUAUGUAAAUGACUUUUGGUUUGUCGCUCUUACGGAGUUUUUGUGGCGGCUAUGCGAAUACCCUACAGAAAAUCGAUUUGGUUCGAAGCGUUUGUUGUCCAGUGUUAUUUCUGGGAAAAUAUGUCAUUACACUGGGUCACUCGACACUGAGUUGAUAAGAACCGAUUCUCGGUUAAGACAAGUAUGCUGAUUAAUCCGUAUUAUUCUCCGGCGAAAUGUUCAUCCGAAUGGAACUCUACGCUCUGAAAAACGUGCUCCUGUGGAUUAUCCUGUGGCUCCUAGCUGUAGGCAACUUGGCAGAAAACGUGGAAAGCUGUUUGUACUGUGUGCCCAUUGACGAAUGCGGAAAACUGUUUGGCAUCCUGCAGCAGGGUAAAAGUGCACCAUUCGAAGACAUUCGCUUGCUCUAUCAGUCCGGCUGCAAUGAUUAUCGCGGCUUGUUCUGCUGCGGCAACGAUCUAAAGGGCAUUGAGGAAUUGGAACUCCAAAAGCCGCACUGUGGCGUCUCCGAGUCAAAUCCAGUGGACUUCCGCAUCAUCAACGGCGAGGAAGUGAAGCUAAGCACCAGACCCUGGAUGGCUCUCUUCUUGACCAACAGCUCCGCCAACGGCCAACACUUUUGUGGCGGCUCGCUCAUCACAAAAAAAUUUGUACUCUCGGCAGCGCAUUGUUUCACCAAGCGGGAGUAUAAUGAUUUAAAUUCCGUGGUGGUUCGCUUGGGAGAGCACGAUGUGCGCCAUGCCAGGGACUGCCGGACCUAUUGGGACAAGGAGAUUUGUGCUCCACCGUCAGAGGAUUUUGCCAUCAAAAGGAUAAUUUCGCACGAAUUCUUCUCGCAUAGCUCCAAUUACCACGACAUAGCUCUGGUUGAGCUGGCCACGCAGGUGGAUUACAAGAUUCACAUCAAACCCAUCUGUCUGCCCCUGAACGUAGAAUUGCAGCAGCUGGCGGAAACUCUCGACUCCUUCAGCGUGGCCGGUUGGGGCAAGCUCAAUGCCUAUGCUGCUCGGGGCUCCGAUGUGCUCAUGGCCACCGAUGUGCGGCGCAGCUCUCGCAUAAUGUGCACCAUCAAGUACAGCAUGUGGGUGAAGGAGAGCCAAAUCUGUGCUGGCAGCGGCACCACAACAGAAGACUCCUGCCACGGCGACUCUGGCGGCCCUCUGGGAAGUCUCGUCAACUACUUCGGCCGACCCCGCUUCGUUCAGUUUGGACUGGUGAGCUUCGGAUCCAGAAACUGCCAAAGUCAGGCCGUCUACACAAACGUAGGCGCCCAUCUGCCAUGGAUAACAGAAAAUAUAGUUGAAUAAACAUCGAUUUGUACAUUA